AUGGAGAUAGAGCAAUAUUCAGCUCGUGCAGCUAAUGAGGAUUAAGCUCUUAUGAGUAAGAGAGGUGAUUAGGAAUAAAGAAAAGGAGAGUUUUUCCAACGUUGUUUAUAAGACAGAAAAAUUAAUACAGAUCUUUCUUAAUCAGAAAAAUUUAUAUUUGGUGAUAAAGCUAUUUAUAUGGGAAAGCUGAAAUUAGAAUAGAGAUUGUAAGAUAUUGAUGAAGUAUUUCUACCUUUUGAUAAUAUUGAUUUAGAUGAAAAGGAACGUAACGAAAAAAUGAAAGAAUUAUCUAAGUCUUCUUAAUCAGAUAAUUAAAGAAUUGAUAUUAAUAAGAGAAAUAAGUAGAUAGAAAAUUUUUGGUUAAUUUUAAGUCCAGAUAGUUCUGUGAAACUAUUGUGGGACUUUUUUUGUAUGAUUUUGAUUCUCUAUGAAAUUAUAACAAUACCAAUAAGAAUAAGUUUUGACAUAGAAGUAAGUGCUGAAUUUGGUUAUGUAAUAACAGCAGCAUUUCUAUUCGAUAUUGUAUUAACAUUUAAUACAGCAGUCUAUUUGAAUGGAAAUAUUAAUUAUUCUUACAAGGCGAUAGCAUUUGAUUAUUUCAAAUUAUGGUUUUGGAUAGAUGUUGUGGCAUCAUUUCCAUAUGAUAUGGUAUUUAAUGCAGCAUUAACAGGAGAAGCUGGAGAUGAAGUUAAUGAAUCAUCAGAUAAUUUAAAGAAGAGUACUUAAAUUUUAAGAGUAUUAAAAUUCUUUCGAUUUGUUAAAGUAAUUCGUUUAUUAAGAUUGGCAAAAUUAAAGGCUAUAAUGGAUAAAAUAGAAGAAUAUUUUUCAGAUAGUUCUAUAAUUUAAACAAUAGGUAGUUUUUUAAAACUUUGUGCAUUUGUUUUGUUUUGGUCUCAUUGGCUAGGAUGUAUAUUUCAUUUUAUAGGUUAAAGUGAGGAUACAACAUACAAUUGGCUCUCUAUUUAUGGAUUGUAUGAUGAACCUUGGGAAAUUAGAUAUGUAAAUUCUGUAUAUUGGGCAGUAACAACAAUGAUUACUGUAGGUUAUGGUGAUCUAUCUCCAUAAACACCAUUAGAAAGAUUAUUUGGAGUAUUUUUUCUUUUGAUUGCUUGUGGUGUAUUCUCAUUUACUAUGAACACCAUAGGUAAUACAAUGUAAUAAUUAAGUUAGAAGUAAGAUCAAUAUUAGAAGAGGAUAUCUGAAAUAAAUAUAUAUAUGGCAAAAGUUAAGAUUCCAAAACAAUUAUAAAAUAAAGUAAGAAGAUAUUUAUAAUAUAUUUGGGAUUCUCAUAGAAGUAUAAAUUUAGAAUCUAUAUGUUAAAAUCUCUCUUUAUCUCUAAAAUAUGAAUUUACAAUUUAAGUAAAUGGAACUAUAUUGGCUAGUUAUAAAUUGUUAUGUGAGACAUUUUCAAGGAAAUUACUUAUAGAAUUAACAUAGAUUUUAAAAGAAUAAACAAUAUAACCAGAUGAAUAUGUAUUUAUUGAAGAUGAACCUAAAAAUGAAUAAAUUCUCUAUUUUAUUUAAGAAGGUUAAAUAAAUAUAGUAUUAAUAAAGACAAGAUAAAUAGUGGCUAGAUUGAAUAAUAAAUAAAUAUUUGGUGAAAUAAGUUUUUUUGGGAAUAUAGGAAGGACUGCAUCUGCAAAAAGUAAUGGUUUUACUGAUGUAUUUGUAUUGAAAAGACAAGAUUUUGUAGGAUUAUUAGAUAAAUUUCCAGAUGAUAGAGAAAGAUUUAAUUUUAUAAAUGAAGAAGUAAAUAAAAGAUAAUUAUAAAUAUUGAAUAUUCAUUGUUAUGCUUGUGAUUUACCAGGACAUGUAAUAAGAGAAUGUCCAUCAUUACAUUUUGUGAUUGAUUUAUAUGUAUAUUAAAAGACAAAAAUCAGAUGUAUUAAAGCUAUAAUGAAAGAUUUUGUAAGAAAAGAUAGAAUGAAUUAUAAUGCUUUGAAAAAUAGAACAGAAUUAGAAAAAGUAGCUAUAAAAUUAUAAAUGAAUAUACCAACACAUAAAUUUUUGAUUGAAGAAUGUAAUGUGGAUGAUUAAUUAUCAUAGGCAGUAGAAGAUGAAUCAAUAAAGAAAGGAUUUAAAUUAAGAUCAAAAUUUAAGGAAGAUAGAAAUAGAAGAAGAAAUUGGGAAUAGACAUUUAAAAAAUCUGCAUAAAAGAUAUAAUAGAUUUAAAUUAAAUAAUCAGAAAUAUUUAGUAUGACUAAAAAUCUUUCAUAAGCAUUAUUGUCAUCUCAUGCUAGUGGUGAAACAAGUUUAAAUCAUAUACCAAUUAAUUAAUUUAAAUCUCCAAAUGAAAGUUCAGAAGAAAGUGAUAGUGGAACAUUAUAAUAAAAAAUGGAAGAUAUAAUGGCUGAUUAUUAAAUAUUUAAAUAAGAAGUAGAUAAAUAUAAUGGAAGUUAAUAAUCGGAAAUUAAAAAAAAUUUUGUUUUAUUAAAUGAAUUUGAAUGUGGAUGUGAUUAUAAUAUAUUCUAUCCUCACAAUAAUCUCUCUGUUGUGUUGAAAGAAUUUCAUAGAUAUCAAUUAGGUAACUCUGUUAAACCUAAAAUUGAUACUGAAUAUGAUACUAAUGUAUUUCAGGAAUAUAUGGAAUAUUAUGUUAUAGAUAUAGAAGAUGUUAAAAGAUUUAAAUUAGAAGUUAAACCAUCUCAAAUUAAAUAAUUUUUACCUUUUACAGAACUUCUUUAAUAAUCAUAUAAUCGUUAAGUAAAUAAUAAUUAAUAUACUUUUAUUAGAAAAAAAAGAAUUAUGGUUUAUUAAAACAACCAAAAAGAUCUUUUAAAUAAAUUGCUAGAGCAAUUAUUUUGGCAAGAAAAUUUAAGUGAUCAAUUAUAUUUAAUUAUAAAAAUAUAAUUAUUAACCGAUAUGAAACAUACUAGAGAUUCUGUUAAUCCUGAAGUUAGAGAAUUUAUUAAAUAAUUCACAUCAUCAUAAUAAGAACUUAGACUUAAUAAAUAAACUAAUACUGAUUAAAGUACAUCUACAAUAGUCUAAAGUGAUAUUAAGUCAGAUCAUGUAAAAGUUAAAGAAGUAUUCUUUAAAUUGCCACAAUAAGAAAAUACAGAAAAUAAAUAACCAUAUCUUAAAAUAUCAAAGACUCCAGUUGCAUCUUCUUUUACAAAUUCUUUAUCAAGUAUGGAUCAAGAUAGAUAUACAGAAGUUAUUGUUUAAAAAGUUGUUGAAGAAUUAGAAAGAAGGAAUUAUUGUAAAAAAAAACCUUUAUUAUCUAUUUAAUAAAAUACUAUAUAAAUGAGUAUCACACCAAAAAGUGAAUUAGAAUAUUUAGAUGAUGAUUCAUUUAUACGUUAAAUGUACUAAACAUAUAAUUAAUUUAAGUUAAUAAACUUUAUUAAGUCCUAAUCAAACACCUAAAAAAGUAUAAAUUAGAGCCUUUGAUUGUUUUGAUUAAAGAUAAAAAAAGUAUUAAGUUUAGAAAGAAUAAAAAUUAUAAAAAUAAAAAGAAACUUAAGAACUUACUAAAUUAGUAGAUGAAUUCAAAUCUUUUUUACUUAGAACAAGAUCUUCAGGCAGAUUUUGA